AUGUCCCCGAUGAGCACAACCAUAUCAGAAUCAUCUACAAGUGACAGUGCUUCAACACUGGAGACUACAUUACCCACAACAGGUACCUCUCCAUCUUCACCAUCCUCUACAACAGAAAGUACAUCAGAAUUGACUUCACCCACAACAGAAAUAUCUUCAGCUAGUGUAGAACAAACAACAAGCCAGCAAACACAAACCACUCCAGUUACUUCUAGCACAGAAGCAGAAUCUACAACAGCUCAAUCAACAUUUACAACAGCUAUGUCCCCGAUGAGCACAACCAUAUUAGAAUCAUCUACAAGUGACAGUGCUUCAACACUGGAGACUACAUUACCCACAACAGGUACCUCUCCAUCUUCACCAUCCUCUACAACAGAAAGUACAUCAGAAUUGACUUCACCCACAACAGAAAUAUCUUCAGCUAGUGUAGAACAAACAACAAGCCAGCAAACACAAACCACUCCAGUUACUUCUAGCACAGAAGCAGAAUCUACAACAGCUCAAUCAACAUUUACAACAGCUAUGUCCCCGAUAAGCACAACCAUAUUAGAAUCAUCUACAAGUGACAGUGCUUCAACACUGGAGACUACAUUACCCACAACAGGUACCUCUCCAUCUUCACCAUCCUCUACAACAGAAAGUACAUCAGAAUUGACUUCACCCACAACAGAAAUAUCUUCAGCUAGUGUAGAACAAACAACAAGCCAGCAAACACAAACCACUCCAGUUACUUCUAGCACAGAAGCAGAAUCUACAACAGCUCAAUCAACAUUUACAACAGCUAUGUCCCCGAUGAGCACAACCAUAUUAGAAUCAUCUACAAGUGACAGUGCUUCAACACUGGAGACUACAUUACCCACAACAGGUACCUCUCCAUCUUCACCAUCCUCUACAACAGAAAGUACAUCAGAAUUGACUUCACCCACAACAGAAAUAUCUUCAGCUAGUGUAGAACAAACAACAAGCCAGCAAACACAAACCACUCCAGUUACUUCUAGCACAGAAGCAGAAUCUACAACAGCUCAAUCAACAUUUACAACAGCUAUGUCCCCGAUAAGCACAACCAUAUUAGAAUCAUCUACAAGUGACAGUGCUUCAACACUGGAGACUACAUUACCCACAACAGGUACCUCUCCAUCUUCACCAUCCUCUACAACAGAAAGUACAUCAGAAUUGACUUCACCUACAUCAGACAUAUCUUCAGCUAGUGUAGAACAAACAAGCCAGCAGUCAGCUCAAUCAACAUUUACAACAGCUAUGUCCCCGAUGAGCACAACCAUAUUAGAAUCAUCUACAAGUGACAGUGCUUCAACACUGGAGACUACAUUACCCACAACAGGUACCUCUCCAUUUUCACCAUCCUCUACAACAGAAAGUACAUCUGAAUUGACUUCACCUAGAACAGAAAUAUCUUCAGCUACUGUAGAACAAUCAACAAGCCAACAAACACAAACCACUCCAGAUACUUCAAGCACAGAAGCAGAAUCUACAACAGCUCAAUCAACAUUUACAACAGCUAUGUCCUCUAUGAGCACGACCACGUUAGAAUCAUCUACAAGUAAAAGUGGUUCAACAUGGGAAACUACGUUAUCUUCAACUGAAAAUGGCCCAACAGUGACAAAUAUGAUAUCAAGUACUUUUACCUCUCUAUCUUCUGCAUUUUCUACCACAGAAAGUCUUAGUGCUUCAGCAUUCACCCCGUCAAUUCCAUCUUCAAGCCCUGCAGAAGAAACAAGCAAGCAGACACAAACCACUAUUUCAAGUUCAAGCACAGAAGUACAUUCAACAAAGCCAAAUGAUUUAACAUUUUCAACAAUGGAAACCAUUAGAACAGUUUCUUCAGACUCACCUGAUUCACCCACUGCAACUUCCCCUAAUCCUACCUCAAGUCAAACAAUAACCCAAACUGUUACAGCCCAAACGUUUAGCAUUUCUACCUCAUCUCAGUCAAGCCCCACACUUGAAACGCUAUCCUCUGCUCAAAUGAGUACCCAGAAAACAUCAACAGAACCUCCUUUAUCCACAACUUUCAGUUCAGUUUCAACAACUCAAAGCUGUCUGGAGCAAUGUCAGUGUAAUGGAUCCCCAUGCAUCUUCAAUGUAACAUCUAAGAAAUGUGAAUGCAAAUGCAAUGAAUACACUUUUGGAGUUUAUUGCAAUUAUGCAUCUGACCUUUCCACAAUUAAUUUGUCUGGAAGCAUACCCACAAGGAAAGCAAAUAUGUCUCUUAGAAUUAUGAUGAACUAUCAUAAAAAGUAUGAAGACUUGAACUCUGAGGAAUCAAAAAAUCUAAUUUCCAUCUUAAAACGCGAGCUUUCAAUCCUUUGUAAAAGAGCAGAUGGACAAAACUUUAAAGAUGUGCACAUUCUUAGGCUAAUGAAUGGAAGUGUCAUUGCUGAAGGUGUUGCAGAAUAUAGCUAUCCAAAUAACAACUCACAAAUAAUGUUUCUAAAUAAUGAUCUGGAACUCACCCUGGAAAAAAUCUUUAAUGACUCAAAUUCAUUCAACAAUCUCAGCGCAGCUCUCGGUAAUGUUUCCAUCGAAAGAGGCCAAAUUACCAUGGACAAAGUUGAAAUAUGGAAUAUUACAGAUAUAAAACCAUAUGUGAAGUGUUCUCUGAAUUUUGCAAACUUAACGGAGGAGAUUGAAAAUGGAACAUGGGUAUGUGAGGGAUCAUGCAAAAAAGAUCUCAACUUCUGCAAUCAACGUGGUAAAUGCCUAAAUGAAAAGAAUGGACCACAGUGCAUAUGUGACAGUUCUCACUUUGAGAAAUACUAUGGAGAUUACUGUGAGCUUUACAGCAGAGGGGCUGGUUUCUACGCAGUUAUCUUCGGCAGUUUAGCAGCUUUUGCUCUACUUGUCAUUGUGGCAGUCGUGAUGGUAGUGGUGCUCUACAGGGCCAAGAGCAAAACAUCAAGUAUAAGGAAGUCAUCAUUUUUUGAUGAUGCCUUCUUUGAUUUUUCAUCAAGAGGAGGAUCCUCAGACAGAAGCUAUGGGCAUCAAAACCUUUCAUUCACAGAAGAUUCAGAUUUGAGGUCUUUCAGACCGUCCAGUGAAUAUACAUCUGCAUGAUAAAGACCAAAGCAACUGAAGUGAUGGAUGUCUGAUGAAAAGAGAUGACAGAUAUUAUUUAAAAGAAUGGACCUUAUAAUCUUAUAAUCUCAACAUAAUAAUACAUGCAUUUACUGGGUUAGUUUUAGGUUAUUUAGAGUAUUUCAAGUAAAUUUAUUAUAAAUGGUCUUACUGUUCAUAAUAAUAAUUAUAAAGCACAAGAACAAUGUAUAGCACUUUUUCAAAACUCAGGGCACAUAAACACAUGUCAAUAAAUGAAACUGGUGGUGGUUCGUAAAAUGUAGUUCAAAUGCCAACAGUGACACGCGGACUGCCCACUACAUUACAUAAACUGCUCACCAUGCAAAUUGUCUGUCCAAACCGGCACAAUCAAUCACAAAACACGGCUAAUCAGAAGAAUCCUUUCUGUUUGCGCAGCAUAUCGCUGAAAAACUGAACCUUAACCUUAAGUUCAUGACUUCUGUGAUGCCUCACUAAAUGGCGUGAUUUUUAUGGUUUAUGAUUUGUUAUAUCCUCUUGUAAACUUUACGCAAUCUCUCUCCAUGUUUGGUAUUUAAUAUACAUCAGCAGCCCAUCGGUCCAAUCAGGUGUGAUGUGGGCGGGGCUUCUAUUAUUCUAUUGCAAACUAUUAUAUUCAAUUGUUAUAUUAUAUUUAUGUAUUAUUUAUUUGAAAGAACUAUAUUUGUAUUGUUCAACUGGUCGAUGUUGAUAUGGGAUUUAGAAAGUAAUUAGCAAUAAGUAAUGCAAUAGCCUUUUUAGAGAGAGUAAUAGUACAAUAAUCUAAAUACACUUGAAUUGCUAUCAGUAGCUAGUACACUGAUCCUAAUAAUUCAAUUUUUUAUUUCUAAUUUCUAAUCUAUUUACAAUGCUACCACAUUACUCAGCUGUAGUAGAAUCAGUUACGUUGAUGUUUUUUAAUGAUUUUUUGUUGUUGCUGACAGUACAUUUACAUACACCUAUGCCUUUUGAUAUGAUAAGAAGCACAUUAAUAUAUUGUUAAAUUAAUAUUUAUUAAGAAAAUAACUGUGUUGAAUACAUGUUUGCAACUGAUUUUUUUCAAAUAAAGCAUAGCUAUGUGCAACAUA